AUGAUUGAUGUCGCUUUGGGUAGCAGUCAGGCAGGGGAUGGAGGGAAAAUACUCCGGGAGUACUGGUGCUCGGGCGAAUAUCAAUACCUCGACCUCAUAUCCUCCAUCAUCGCCACUGGGGAGAAACGGCCCGAUCGUACAGGCACAGGCACGCUUGCCUUCUUCGCUCCCCCUCCCUUCCGUUUUUCUCUACGCGACGGCGUGCUCCCACUUCUGACCACCAAACGCGUCUUCCUCCGUGGUGUACUUGAGGAACUCCUCUGGUUUGUUGGCGCAUGCACCGACAGCAAGAUCCUCUCCGAGCGCGGGGUCAAGAUAUGGGACGGGAAUGGCAGUCGGGAGUACCUGGACAAAGUCGGACUCGGACACAGGCGCGAAGGGGACUUAGGUCCUGUGUACGGUUUCCAAUGGAGGCAUUUUGGAGCAGAGUAUAAGGGCGUAAAGGACGAGGUGGAGGGAAGGUACGAAGGCGAAGGUGUGGAUCAGCUCAAAGAGUGUAUCUGGAAGAUAAAGAACAACCCCACCGAUCGAAGGAUCAUCAUGAGCGCGUGGAACCCGAAAGACCUACCGCAAAUGGCGCUCCCGCCAUGCCACAUGUUUUGUCAGUUCUACGUCCACCUCCCCCAAUCGCCGGAGGACAAGCCCGGCCUCUCCUGCCAGAUGUACCAACGCUCAUGCGACCUGGGUCUUGGAAUCCCGUUCAACAUUGCUUCGUACGCGCUGCUGACCCACAUGAUUGCCCACGUCACUGGGUGUGAGGCCCGCGAGCUCGUGUUAGUCAUGGGCGACGCGCAUGUGUACCUGGACCACGUGGAGGCGCUUAAGGAGCAGGUCCUCCGGCAGCCGCGCGAGUUCCCGACGAUCAAGUGGAACAGGGAGGUAGCUGACAUCGAUGAUAUCAAGUACGAGGAUAUCGAGGUGCUCGGGUACAAGCCGCACGCAAAGCUGGAGAUGAAGAUGAGCGUGUGA